UAGCACUCAAGUCACAAGAUGCUCACACUGUGGCCAUUGUACAGGACUGUCGCACACCGAGGCUGGGAUCACAGUACACCAGGAAUAGUAUUGAAAAUGGGGAACGUUUUUGCAGCCAGUUCUCCCGCGCCCCCCCUGGCAGGUACCCCUCCUGGCCCUGGAUUAUUAACUGUCCCUCCUGGAUUCACAAUGCCCCCUGUGUCAGGCCUGGGUCCAGCUGCAGAGAAGAAAGAACCUCAGGAAGAGGGGUUACCGAAUCCCGGCACUUUUGAGGAGUGUCAUCGCAAGUGUAAAGAAUUAUUCCCCAUUCAGAUGGAAGGCGUGAAACUGACUGUAAAUAAGGGGCUGAGUAACUAUUUCCAGGUGAAUCACACAAUCGCACUCAGUACUGUCGGCGACUCAAAUUACCAUUUUGGAGCAACCUACGUGGGAACAAAGCAGCUAAGCCCAACAGAGGCAUUCCCAGUUUUAGUAGGAGAUGUGGAUAACAACGGCAGUCUCAAUGCACAGAUAAUCCAUCAAAUAUCUAAACAUAUCAGAACAAAGAUUGCUUUACAGACUCAGCAGUCAAAGUUUGUGAACUGGCAGUUGGAUACAGAAUACAGAGGAGACGAUUUCACAGCCGCAGUCACCAUGGGCAACCCAGACAUAUUGGUGGGAUCCGGUAUUGUGGUAGCUCACUACCUGCAGAGCAUUACUCCCAGUCUGGCACUAGGAGGGGAACUUGUCUACCACCGGCGUCCCGGGGAGGAGGGAACGGUUAUAUCUUUGGCAGGAAGAUACACAGCUUCCAAUUGGACGGCAACGCUAACCCUGGGUCAGGCGGGAGCACAUGCAACGUAUUACCAUAAAGCCAAUGACCAGCUGCAAUUAGGAGUAGAGUUUGAAGCCAGCGCUCGGAUGCAGGACACAAGCGUCUCCUUUGGUUACCAGCUGGACCUCCCCAAAGCCAACCUGCUCUUUAAAGGUUCGGUGGACAGUAACUGGAUAGUUGGGGCCACUUUAGAAAAGAAGCUUCCUCCGCUGCCACUUACACUAGCCAUGGGAGCCUUCCUCAACCACAAGAAGAACAAAUUCCAGUGUGGCUUUGGCCUGACCAUCGGUUAACAUGGGCGGUCCUGUGCACAGCUUGUGGUCUCCCCUCCACACCUGGACAUGUGGCCUUUCCCUCUGCUUCCUGACAGCAGUACCCCUGGCUCCUGAACUUGCUCUUCCUCCCCAAACUCCUGCCAUGCACAUUUUUAUAACGUUUAUUUUAUCGUUGGGGUAGGGAGGCAAUGUAGGAGGUGUCUGACUUUUCCAGUAUUUAAUGUAGGUACCUAGAAUGGAGAGGAGACCAGUCCUGUCUUUGCCCCUUCUCUCGCCUCCCUGUUGAGUGUCGUCUCUCUGUGUUUAUUCGAUUUAGGAAGGGCUGUCCUUCCCCUGCUGUAGUCUUUGAUUUGGGAAUUGGCCCUUCAGAAUUGUUUUAUUUCAUCUCCAUCGCUUUAUAAGCCAUUAAUUUGGUCUUCUCCAGGAUCUUUGGGCUGUGAAUGUAUCUUGUUUUCAACCUAUGAUUGAGAUUUCUGCUGUCCCCGUAUUUGUUUCUGCUGUAGCUUCUGGGGGAGGGAGGGGAGGCGUCAUGUCUAGGGGAGGGUCUAUUCUGGGAUUUGCCUGAGACCUGUGUCCUCAUAGACCUUGUGCUGCUGUCAGAGGGGGUAGUGGCCCGAUUUCCCUCCUUAGGAGCGUGGAUGUAAAUCAUGUUUAUAAGUUAUAAAAGAAUAUUGACAUGAGUAUUUUACACAAAACAGACCUGGAGCCCAAAGCGGAGUCCUAACCGGGCAGGCACUGCACCAAUAAAGUGACUUUGGCAACGGGCUCACA